UUUCUCUUAGACUCCGGUGGGCGCACGUGCGGCCCUGCGAGUAAUUUUUGUUUUUACCGCUGCCUUGUGCCAGGCCGCGUUACCAUGAGCUUGCCCCUGAACCCCAAGCCCUUCCUGAACGGGCUGACCGGGAAGCCAGUGAUGGUGAAGCUGAAGUGGGGGAUGGAGUACAAGGGCUACCUGGUGUCUGUCGACGGCUACAUGAACAUGCAGCUUGCAAACACAGAAGAAUACAUCGAUGGUGCAUUGUCAGGACACCUUGGUGAAGUUUUGAUAAGGUGUAACAAUGUCCUGUACAUCAGAGGAGUAGAAGAAGAAGAAGAAGAUGGGGAAAUGAGAGAAUAAGUUUGUAUAUUUCUGGAAAAUAAAGAUCAGUUUUUCAC